AUGGAGGGCCUGGACCAGGUGACUCCUGUUCUCCUCCUCUCUGUGGGAGCAGCUGUUUUGGGCUCUCUGCAGUUUGGAUACAACACUGGAGUCAUCAACGCCCCCCAGGAGACCAUCGAGGGCUUCUACAAUGACACCUGGUUGUGGCGGUACCAGGAGCACAUCCCGCCCUCCUCCCUCACUGCGCUCUGGUCUCUCUCUGUCGCCAUCUUCCCCAUCGGAGGAAUGCUGGGAUCCUCCUCUGUCGGGAUGUUUGUCAACCGCUUUGGCCGUAAGAACUCUAUGCUGGCCUCUAACCUGCUGGCCGUGGUGUCUGCGCUGCUCAUGGGUCUCUCUCAUGUGUGCGGUUCGUUCGAGAUGCUGAUCGUGGGCCGGUGUGUGGUGGGUGUGUUCUGUGGUCUCUGCACCGGCUUCGUGCCCAUGUACGUGGAGGAGAUCUCCCCCACGCCACUGAGGGGCGCUCUGGGCACGCUGCACCAGCUGGGAGUGGUGCUGGGCAUCCUGCUGGCACAGGUCCUGGGUGUGGAGUGGGUCCUGGGCGGGUCUUCCCUCUGGCCCCUGCUCCUGGCCUUCCCUGUGGUCCCGGCCGUGCUGCAGUGUGCUCUGCUCCCUCUGUGCCCUGAGAGCCCAAGACACCUCUACAUCAUCUGCAGCAAGGAGACGGAGGCACACGAAGCUCUGGUGAGGCUGCGGGGCACAGAGCAGGUGAGCGAGGACCUGCAGGAGAUGAGGGAGGAGAGCAGACGGAUGCAGAGGGAGCAGACGGUGUCUAUCCCAGAGCUGCUGAGGGCCCCACAAUACAGACACCCUCUGAUGGUGUCUGUUGUCAUGCAGCUGAGCCAGCAGCUGUCUGGGAUCAACGCUGUCUUCUACUACUCCACUGGGAUCUUCCAGAGGGCAGGUGUGGCUCAGCCGGUCUACGCUACCAUCGGAGCAGGAGUGGUCAAUACUGUGUUUACCAUCGUCUCUUUGUUUGUUGUAGAGCGUAUGGGGAGGAGGCCUCUUCAUCUCAUUGGUCUCAUGGGGAUGGCCGUCUCCGCAGUCUUCCUCACCGUUGCCAUGGCGCUGACGGACCAGUUGUCCUGGAUGUCUUACGUCAGUAUCGCCGCCAUCUUUAGUUUCGUGGCGUUCUUUGAGAUCGGUCCCGGUCCGAUCCCGUGGUUCAUCGUCGCCGAACUCUUCAGUCAGGGCCCGAGACCAUCAGCCAUGGCUGUGGCCGGGUUCUCCAACUGGUCCGCCAACUUCCUGGUGGGAAUGUGCUUCCAGUACGUGGAGAAACUCUGUGGUCCGUACGUCUUCAUCAUCUUCUCGGUGCUGCUGCUCUUCUUCUUCACCUUCACUUUCUUCAAAGUCCCAGAAACAAAAGGACGAAGCUUUGAGGAGAUUUCUGCAGGAUUCAGGAGCAGAGGGAGCGACAAGUACAGCUCUGCGGAGGAGUUCAACAGCCUGCAGGGGGAGGAGCCGCUGUGA